CAUUUAACAGUAUAAAAUCUUUUUAGAAAUUAAAAGGGAAACCCUCUUUCUUUCGUUCUCUCUCUCUCGCUCGCUGAUCUUUGCUGAUAAAGAGAGGAGCAUUUUCUAGGGUUUCUAUCUCCGAUUCGAUCUUCGAUGAUCUAGUUUGGUAUGAAAGGGUAUCCAAAGCAGACAUUUGCAGCCCCGUCUACGUUUGAUAUACACAAAUGUUUUUGCCCACAUCCUAAUAGCUACUAAUGUCUUGUGUUACAUCAAUACUUCAAGGAAAGAACCAGAUUUCUGGUACGCCCAUUGUGUUUAUGAAAAGUCAUGCAUCCAGAGCGGACAAACGGCUACUUAUUCUGGGUACUUUUGUCGGUUUAUGUCUUUAUGCUUUUGCUUGGAUUUGGGAAUUGUUCGGAUGAUGACAUAUUUUCAGAACCGCUGUUUAAGAACUCUGAGCCAUUUCUGAAUGACAACUAUGGUAUAUUUCCGACGAGGAAUUUUGAGAAGUUGCCCUUGUUGUUGUCGCAUAGCAAUUUCGCAUCUUGUGAGGAUUUGAGUGGUGUUGGCUCGCUGAAUGGAACUUGCUUGCUAAAUUCAAGCUUGCAGUUGGUUAAUGACCUUCUCAUACUAGGAACAGGAAGCCUUGAGAUUGCUCCAGAUGUUUUAAUCACAUGUCCUGUCAAAGGCUGCUUAAUAUCUUUUAAUAUAUCGGGCAAUGUUAAAAUUGGUUCACAUGCUGCUGUAGUUGCCGGCUCUGUAGUUUUCGAUGUGGCCAAUCUUACGUUGGAUUAUCACUCAAUCAUAAAUACGACAGCUUUAGGUGGGGCACCACCAUCACAAACUAGUGGCACUCCAAGUUUGUAUGACGGAGCUGGUGGAGGGCAUGGUGGCCGUGGCGCUUCUUGUCUGAAAAGUAACAAGACUAACUGGGGAGGGGAUGUUUAUGCCUGGUCAUCUUUGUCUGAUCCAUGGAGUUAUGGGAGCAAAGGUGGCAGUACUUCUGCUGAAAAGCAGUAUGGAGGGGAUGGGGGAGGUCGUGUAUUGCUCAAAGUGAAAGAUACUUUGCAGGCAGAUGGAUUUGUAGCCGCAGAAGGUGGCAAUGGUGGUUUGAAUGGAGGUGGUGGAUCUGGUGGGAGUAUCAUGGUCCAUGCUUUCAAAUUGAAAGGCAAUGGUACAAUCAGUGCUGCUGGUGGGAGUGGGUGGGGUGGAGGUGGAGGUGGGAGGGUAUCUUGGGAGUGUUACAGCAUACAAGAUGUGAAGAUCACUGUCCAUGGUGGGCAGAGUUAUGGAUGCCCUGAAAAUGCUGGUGCAGCUGGUACAGCUUAUGAUAAACUAUUAUCAAGUCUGAAAGUUAGUAAUGAUAAUUUCACUACUCAUACAGAAACUCCGCUCCUUGAUUUUCCCACAACUAUACUUUGGUCUAAUGUUUACGUGGAGUGCAAUGCAAAAGCUUUAGUUCCUUUGCUUUGGAGCAGAGUUCAGGUGAGAGGACAAAUCAGAUUGCUUGAUGGGGGUAGCAUAUGCUUUGGAUUGUCAGAGUAUGGGGUUUCAGAAUUUGAGCUGGUUGCUGAAGAACUUCUUUUGAGUGAUUCUGUAAUACAGGUUUAUGGCGCGUUCAGGAUCUUUGUUAAAAUGUUGCUCAUGUGGAAUUCUAGUAUUCAGAUUGAUGGUGGUGGCAAUAAUGAUGUCCGUACAUCUGUGCUUGAAACCAGAAACUUAAUUGUUCUCAGGCAAAAUUCUGUUAUUUUUUCAAAUGCAGAUUUGGGUGUUUGCGGCCAAGGGCUUCUCCGAUUGACUGGUUAUGGUGACGCUAUUAAAGCUCAGCGGCUGUUCUUGUCCCUAUUCUAUAAUAUAGAAGUUGGCCCCAGUUCCUUGCUUCAGGCUCCAUUGGAUGAUGAUUCAGGUAGCAGCUUGGCCACACAAUCUCACUGUGAUAGUCAAACAUGCCCAAUGGAGUUAAUAAUGCCUCCUGAUGAUUGUCAUGUGAACAACUCCUUGUCUUUCACAUUGCAAAUCUGCAGAGUUGAUGAUCUCACUGUCAAUGGUGUCAUUAGAGGAACCAUCCUUCAUAUUCACAGGGCAAGGACUGUCACCAUUGAGGCUGGUGGUGUAAUAAGUGCAUCUGAGUUAGGUUGCAAAGAGGGUAUUGGUAAAGGAAAAUUUCAGAAAUAUGGAGCAGGAGGAGGUGCUGGACAUGGAGGUUGUGGAGGCUCAGGGUUUUACAAUGGAAUGUUAAUCGAAGGUGGUCAAGCAUAUGGUGAUCCUGAUCUUCCUUGUGAAUUAGGAAGUGGAAGUGGUGGACCUAGUGAGUCACUGGAAAAUGUUGCUGGCGGGGGAAUGAUAGUAAUGGGUUCCAUCAAGUGGCCGCUUUCUAGCUUGAAGAUUUAUGGAUUGUUGAAGGCUGAUGGCCAAAGCCAUAGUGGUUCUGUCAUAAACAAUAAUGGGACUUUGAUGGGUGGGCUUGGAGGUGGCUCUGGAGGGACAAUUCUUCUUUUUCUACAAGCGCUCACACUUGAGAAAAAUUCAUCUCUAUCAGUUGCUGGUGGACAUGGUGGGCCUGUUGGUGGUGGUGGAGGUGGCGGUGGUAGGGUGCACUUUGAUUGGUCUAAUAUUGCCACUGGAGAUGAAUAUGUUCAGAUUGCCACUGUAAAUGGUACAAUUAUGUCAAGUGGGGGGACUGGAAAUAGUGGUGGUCAGUCUGGGCAAGAGGGAACAAUCACCGGAAAGGAGUGUCCAAAGGGUCUUUAUGGAACUUUCUGCGAAGAGUGUCCAGUUGGCACAUUUAAAGAUACUGUUGGAUCUAAUGCAUCACUUUGCAUUCCUUGUUCGCUUGAAUCUAUUCCUACACGUGCAGACUUCAUAUAUGUGCGAGGUGGUGUUACUCAACCAUUUUGUCCAUAUAGAUGCUUGUCUGAGAAGUACAAGAUGCCAAAAUGCUAUACACCACUUGAAGACUUGGUCUACACUUUUGGUGGCCCUUGUCCUUUUGCACUUCUUGUAUCGUUUAUCUUGGUGCUACUUGCUCUACUUUUGAGUGCUUUACGAAUUAAAAUGCUUGGAAAUGACUUGACUUAUCAAGCCAGCAGUCCCAUCCAGCAUGACGAUUCCAAUUCUUUCCCAUAUCUCUUAUCUCUGGCGGAGGUACCGGGGGCCAGCAGGGCUGAAGAAACUCAGAGCCAUGUGCAUAGAAUGUACUUCAUGGGUCCAAAUACAUUCAGAGAACCUUGGCAUCUCCCUUAUACUCCGCCUGAUGCUAUUAUUGGACUUGUGUAUGAAGAUGCUUUUAACCGAUUUAUUGAUGAGAUCAACUCUGUUGCUGCAUAUGAGUGGUGGGAAGGGUCAAUUCAUAGCAUACUAUCAGUGCUUGCGUACCCUUGUGCCUGGUCUUGGAAGCAGUGGCGUCGAAGAAAGAAAAUUCUACGUCUUCAAGACUAUGUUAGGUCAAAGUAUGACCACUCAUGUCUGCGCUCCUGCAGGUCACGAGCUCUUUACAAAGGGAUGAAGGUUGGUUCAACCCCUGAUUUGAUGGUUGCAUAUAUUGACUUUUUCUUGGGUGGUGAUGAGAAACGGCUAGAUGUGGCAUCUACUAUAUUGAAGAGAUUUCCUAUGUGCAUCAUUUUUGGUGGUGAUGGAAGUUUUAUGUCCCCUUACAAUCUUCACAGUGAUGUGCUGCUGACUAAUCUUAUUGGCCAGUAUGUUUCCACAACAGUCUGGAAUAGAUUGGUCGCUGGAUUGAAUGCUCAAUUAAGGACUGUAACUCAAAGAAGAAUCCGCUCGGCAUUGAUUCCAGUGAUAACAUGGAUUAAUAGUCAUGGGAAUCCACAACUUGAUAGCCUCGGUGUUCGAAUUGAGCUGGGUUGGUUCCAGCCUACUGCUUCUGGUUACUAUCAAUUAGGCAUCUUGGUGGUGGUGAAUGAGUGCUUCUUCAACAGUGCACAUCAGCCAGAGAAUUUAGAGACCAAUGUUACUGACCGGACAAGGAAAAACUCUGGAAAUUCACACAAAGGCCUUGCACAGUCUGAACCAAAUCAACCUUCAGUCAGCAAUAUAAAUUCCCGUAAGAGAAUGACUGGAGGAGUAAAUGGAACGAUAAUAAAUGAUGAAAAUUUACAGUCUUUACAUUAUAAGAGGGACUUUCUCUUUCCAUUUUCCCUUUUAUUACAAAAUACAAGGCCUAUUGGCUUCAAGGAUGCAUUGCAGCUUCUAAUCUCCAUUAUGCUCUUGGGUGAUUUAACCAUCACACUUCUCACAUUGCUUCAAUACUACUGGAUGUCACUUGGGGCUUUUCUUGCACUCUUGCUUAUUCUCCCUUUAUCAUUGAUCUCUCCCUUUCCAGCUGGUAUAAAUGCUCUUUUCAGUCGUGGCCCUAGAAGAUCUUCUCUUGCUCGUAUAUAUGCAUUGUGGAAUGCUACGUCAAUAUCAAAUAUUAUUGUGGCCUUUAUUUGUGGAAUUUGUUACUAUGGUUUUUCAUCAGCAGAUAUGACUUCAAGGACAAGUAAAUGGAAUACUAGAAGGGAGGACAAUGAAUGGUGGGUUCUGCCCACAAUUCUGUUUCUUGUUAAGUCAUUGCAAGCAGGCUUUGUGAACUGGCACAUUGCCAAUCUGGAGAUGCAGGAUUUUUCAUUGUAUAGCGAAGAUCCUGAAAAAUUUUGGGAAUGUUAAGACUGUUUGUCAAGAUAAUAUACCCAAAGUGCCGCCGGGCUAUGAUGUUGGGCAAUCCUUCCUGAGGCUGGACAUAAGUAGGUGGUUCCUUGCACAGAUUUUGAGUUAGCUGUAAAUAUGUUUAUUCUUUGUAGAAGUUUGUUCCCUUUUUUUCCAUUGUGCGAUGUUUAUCCCAGGGAAGGACACUUAGACUGAAGAUCCCAAUCUGUUGUGGUAAAAUGCUCAGUGGCAUUCACUGUCAGUUCAGUCGACAUGUAUAUCAGUAGUCGUUGAGUUGCUUCCCAAUCUUGAAGUGGUCAAAAUUCUCAUGUUGUUUUAA